GACAGAUUGAGUCGAGUGAGUCAAGAAAUAAAUGAGUCACGAUUUCGGAACGAUUUUGUUGAAUUAUUGUCAAUGUUGUUCGAUCGAUGUUGCCUUUUGUUUUGCUGGGAGGAAACUGUUGUCUUUUAGUGUGUUUGUUGUCUACUCACGGGCUGCUAAUUAGCGUAAAACAUGAAUUCAUUUCCUGGUAUCAAAUCAGAAAUAAUAAGCAGAAACUGAGUUCAUGUUUUACUCUAGUGAGAGUACUGCUAUCGAUGCAGCAGAGUAUAGGUGCAAAAUUUCAUGUUUUACUUUGAACCAUGGCGCGCGUUUGAGUCUUUUUAGUCUUUACGUUGAAAAUUAAUUAAGAUUCCAAAUUCCCUUAAAGACUGGCAUCAAGCCGGCAUCCUCUCAGUCUGUCCGUUGAGUGUCUUGAUUCCCGUUACUCCAGAUCCCUAGAUUUAGAGUUUUAGAGAUCUAGAGUAUCGGGAAUGACCCAUAUCCUCGACUCAAUCGAACGAUAAAAAUUAUCGGUGCGGUAUGACUACUACGAGUUUCCUAACAAUUGAAACCGGACUCCGCCAGAGAGCAAAAAGUUUUGAUAGGAAGUUUUAAACUUUGAUUUGAAGUUAUGAACUUUUGCUCGUACAUAAUCUACCAGGUUCUACUGAGCUUGAUUUUAAAAUGACAAUGACCUAAUCGAUUCCCCGAUUCCCCUCAGAAGGAAACAAAAUGGUUCGAGGUGAUUGAAUCAUGAAUCCUGGCCUUUCAAUUACGAAUCCUGGCCUUUCAAUCAUUAAUGCCAUCCAAAAACUAGCUUAGUAGAACCUGGUAGACUUUCUACAGGGACAUUUUGAAGUUAAUAACUUCAAAUCGAAGUUUAGAACUUGAAAUUAUUACUUACAGUAUUGCUCUCGGGCGGAGUCCGGUUUCAAUUGUUACGAAACUCGUAGUAAUAAAAAAUCAGGAGCUCCUCUCGUCUCGCCUACGCCUGGGCUUGUCAAUCUCCCUCCGCUCAACUACUGGAUCUACCCGCGUAGGAGUACGAGUAGUUGUUACAUACGUAUUCUUAGUUGAAAUAGAAUUACUUCUAUUUAUUUUUUCUCUCAAAAACUUCAAAAAUCUUGGAGUUUUCGUUUCUUCACCGAACAUUACCAACUUCCUAGCGCACGGAGAUGUAAGUUUCUGUACAAUUCGUGAGCGAGAGAUAGACCAGAGGCAUCUGGUAGAUAUGCUUAAAACCUCAACAUCAUACCGUACUGUGGUACUACAAAACUGAUAAUUUCGAGCUUGUUUUUUGAGAUUGUUCCGAUUCUAUUCAUGACGUUCAUGACAAGUAUUCUUUUGAAAAGAAUUCUUUCGGCUGUCUAGUAGAAGUUGUGAGGCGACAUCCCGAGGGUUUUUAAUUCGAGAGUUGUUGAAGUCAGUUGUUGAACUCACUAAGACAACGGUGAAGCGGCGGUACUCGGGCUGUGUUGUUGGGUGAAUGGGGUGCUUCUUUCAGCCCAUGCGGUUCGUACCGGAUAGUUUGUUAAAUGAUCGUCUUCAACUUAUGACGUAGCUUCGUGAAACUGAACUGCACUCGUACUACUACAUUGUCGGGCCAAUGGGGUAAAAUUUGACAGUAUCGAAGGGUUUCUUCGAUCUUGUCGAAGGUGACAAACAGACAUACGUACCGUACGGUACCGUGCAGUACACACUGUAAUGACGAAUGAAGGGGAUCCCACGUCGUGGGUUCCAACUUCGAAUCGACCCUGGGUCAUCCUAACAACCGUACCGGCCGGUACGACAGGGGUCUAAAUUAUGACCCCUGGCGUACGAGACGUACUGAAUUGAGUGACCCAUAAUUAACCGCUUGUAAAGUGCCUCAUAGUAAGCAUCGUCAAGGACAAGCAUUCGUGGUUCGACGAACAAAUUCACUUUGAAUGUUGCAACCUAAAUAAUGUAAUGUUCAACACGUGCAAGAUGCCGGGUUGAAUGGUAUGUCGUGCAUCUCAUUAUUCACUGCAACAGAGCUUUAAAUAUGCCGCAAUAUUUAUCUGACCCAUUCGAUUAACUCCGUGCACUGAAGUGUCCGACAAUGCCCGAGGUUCUUUUUACGGCUAAGGAGAACUCACGUUAGUUGUGGUCCCAUCGGCGAGACCAAACCUAACCAGAAUGCAAAAGAUGGCACGCAUCAGUAAACCCAACCGACAACCAAAUUAUCAGGCGUCGAAUUGACAACAGAGAAUACCGCACUGCAGAUCGUUUGUUGUAGAUAGGAAAUAUAGGUUUCUAUUCUUAUUGUAUUCAUCAUACUUGUUUGUAGUACACAACAUCGGAUUGUCGUAGUUUUCUAGUAUACAUAAUGUAGCAGCAAUCGCUUCGUUUCGUGUGGGGGCAUAUGGAUUGCGUUAUACGUCACCGCACGUAUUGCAGGCUCGCGGACACAGUGUCGAAAGGAGUUUGCCUGGGACGCCUGGGAGUGGUUUCUUGCACUUGUUCCUCCUGGCGAUCCAAUUGCAGUUUUUCCAUUUCUUUUUCUUCUUCUUUUUCUUGUGCCACUGGAAUUUCCCCACCGUGUCGGCGCAAUUGCUCUCGUUGUCGGGGUUCUGGGGGUUGCCGAGAUCUGCAUUUGGAUUCGGGCCGACCGUGAAGACGUGCUCCUCGACAUGGAAGUCGUUCCCACCGCUGUACUGUCCCCCUUGCGCUACGACACCGCCGUUGGGGUCUUUGAUCCGGUAGGAUCCCUCGCCCUGGUUGCAGCAGAUGCCGUCGCUGUAGACGUCCGUGAUGACGAACUUGUACUCGGUCUCGUAGGGGAGGCAGAGAUUGUGGGUGUAAUCUGUGUUCGCGUCGCCGUAGUCCGGGCUGGACCCGUAGGCCCGGCCCUGCCCCCCGUGCUCGAACACCGUCCAGGAAUUGUCCUCGGGGAAGUUGUCGGUCCUGAGCUCGACGGUGUACACGGCACAGGGAUCCGUGGGGCUGUCCUCGUGCCUGCCAAGGUCCGCGAUGGUGACGAUGGCGUCCCGGCCGUCGGACUUGGUCGCGCUGUAGGUUAUCCUGACGUCGCGAUGUUUCUCGCCGUUGAAGUUCUGGAUGACGUACGAAUCCCCGAUGCCGAGCGCAGCGUGCUUGGUGGACAGUCCGUAUUCGUUGGGGAAGCCGGCGUCCUUGGUGAGCACGGUGACCUUGUCUCCGUCCUCGACGAUGUCCUGGGUGAUGCCGGUCUUGCGCAUGUACCCGAUGUACCAGUC